AUGCCAGCGAAAAAGAAGGGAGGCCGUGGAAAGACAAUCAACCUUGUGGACUUCAACGAUGAGUACAUCCCGGAGGACAACUUAGACUGGGCGGUGGAGGCGCCGCGGGAGAGGACCCAGGACGAGGUGGUGCAGGAGAAGCUCGCCAAGCGGGAAUACAGCCGCACGGCAAAUAAUGCGCUGAUGGAGAAGGGUGGCUUUCGCGACGCCCCAAGCGAGCAGGUCGGCGGCGCCAGAGGGGUGGCUGACCUUCAGCCGCCUUUCGUGGCGCACUUUGGCAACCUUCGCAACGGAACCACCGAGGAUGAGUUCCUGCGCAACUUCCACGAGGACUGCAUUGUCACCUCACGACUCAUUAGUCAGGAUGGAAAGAGUUUCGCGUUUGUGGAGUUCAAAACUGCCCAGGCUCUCGCCAUCGCGCUUGCCAUGGACCAGACGAUGGUCAAAGGCCGCAAGCUUUACGUAGACUUAGCCACGCAGAAACAGGUGGAGCGGCUUCACGGGCACAACGGGAUUUCACGACAGAACGCAGGACAGUCGCAGCACGGCGCCGGGCUGCAGCAGCUGAACUUCUCCCGCGACGCAUUUGGCUCCACGCAAACCACCGAACGAGAGACGGGGUCGCGGUCUGGUUUUGGCUCCAGGAACGACCUCCACACGCUAGCCGACCUCUCGCGCGACGCGCUGGGAACCGCCACCCGGAGCUCCGAGGGGGUGGCGAGUCCGAUGGGGAUACCAGACUUCUCAAGCUGGCGAAACGAGGGCCCCGUGGCGCAGCCGGAGUUUCACCUGGGCCUGCGCGAGAACCGCGGAAGCGAGGGCGAGCUCGACCGUCGAGGCGGCGGCGGCGGUCGCAACAGCAAGCGGCACAGCCCUGUCGCGGCUGGCGGUCUGGCAAACUGGCGCGGCGAGCCGGUGACGCAGCAGCCGCCGCCGCCGCCACCACCUCCGCCCGCACCCGGGGCGGGCCACGGGGGCGACGACGGCAACACCGGGGGCGAGGAGGGCCGCAGGGGGGGAUGGGCACGCGAUGGCGCCGGGCGCGGGGGUCACCGGGGCCCGCCGAGGCCGCCCGCGGCACCGCGGGACGACAGCAAGUGGGAGGCGCUCCGUCGAUAA